GUGCCCGGCCAAAGGGACGAGCCUUUCUCCGCUCACGCUGGCGCUGCGCUUCCCGGGUUAUUGUCUCCUCCCCAACUCGGCCACUUCCCCUAGUUUCCAACUUCAUUUGUUUCGGGCGGGCGCAGAGAGAGAGAGAGAGGGGGGGGGGGCCGGCUCCCGCCGUGUGGCUCCCCCCUCUGCCCCUUUCUCCGUCCCCUCCUUUCUUCCUCGCUGCGUCUGUUUGCACUUUAGCUGAGCCACUAAUCCCCCCGAGAGCGCCUAUUUGUAGUGAAGAGUCUCUGUAGGGGGCGAGGCCGGCCCAUGUGGGUUUGUGUCAUUGGUUUGCAAAGAGAGACCCCGCCUAUUGCCCCCCCCCCCAAAAAAAAGCAAAAAAAAAAAAAAAAAAAAAGCGAGCGAGCGAGCCCCUACCUUUCCCAGCGACUCCGCACGGAGAGGCGGGGAGGCCAGUGCUGAGCCUUUCCACCCCGGGAGCAGCCGCCGAGGACUUUUGGGGUGUUUGCUUUUUAUUUUAUUUAUUUUUUUUAAAAGAGCCAAGUUGCAAUUCGCAUCCUCCUCGCUCCUGCGAAAGAGUCUUUCCCGCGGCUGCCCCCAUCCCCACUUGGAGCAGCAGCUCGGAGGAGGAGGGGAUUAAGUUUGUGUGUGUGUGUGUGUGUGUGUGUGUGUCAUUUUAAGGUGGAUCUCAGGCAGCAAGAGCCCCGGAGAGAGAGAGAGAGAGAGGGGGGGAGGCGAUCGAUAAAGGGAGAGAUGCAGCGCUGAGAGGAGAAGGCGGCGGCGGCUGCAAGCUGGGGGGGGCUUUGCUCCCUGUGGAUAUUUGCAGCCAAGGCAGAGGGUUUAUAGUGCCGUUAUGCACUCAGACUCCUGUGAAUUUUCCUGAGUUCUUGGAGGACUGCUUUGCUUUUUGAAUCAGACAGUUACAAAAUACAGUAAAGAAUGGCACUUGUGGAUAAACACAAAGUCAAACGACAGCGAUUGGACAGAAUUUGUGAAGAAGUCAAUUGUUUCAUUCCAAUGCCGAUUCCAAGUAAGCAUACAAAUAUCGGCCGUUCUCAGAGCUGGGAUGCUGCAGGAUGGUAUGAAGGCAACUGGGAGAAUGAAAAUGCAUUUGAAUAUCAGAGACCAACAGGGAGGAGAAAUUCGCUGACUUACGGUGGAGAUGGAGGUUGGUAUGAGCAGCCAAACCAUAGACCGCAUGAUAUCAUCUUGCAAGGAGGUGCUGAAUUGAAGCAAGAGCCGUACCCAUAUCAGGAUCCAGUUUUUAACCAGGGUCCCUUACGGAAGGGUUCUGUUCCUGACUUCACUUACUACGACAGACAGGCUGCAAUGUCUGGACGAAGUUCCUUGCCAUCUCAGGAUUAUUACAGUGACCCAUCUUUAGCCGCUAGAUCACCAAAAGAUCCACGCUACUAUAGAGACCACAUGAUUAAUAGAUCAUUACCGAAUUAUGGGAUUCCCAGUAGCAGAUUGGCUUGGGAUCAGGUACAAGGACGGUCACCUGCCCCACACGAAGCCAGCCGUAUGUAUAAGGAUCCCAUGAGUAAAAUGAUCCAAGAGGGACAGAGAAUGCGAAACAGAGAUCCUUCUCCUGCAAGGUAUGGUGUUGAACCGCCCACCCCUAGAUAUGGAACAGAGCCACCAUCUUUUCCUAACAGGCAGGUCUAUAGUGAUACAGCAGAGAGACCUGUAGAGUCUGCAGCUGCUAGACAAACUACUCCAACGUGCUUGGUGGUCGAUCCAAAUUCUGCUACUGUUGUUGAUGGGAGCAUAGGUCCAUCUGCUGUUGCUGUAAAUCGUGGUUAUGGACCCAUCAGGGAAAAUGUCAAUGCAAAGAUUCCUUAUGAUAGUUAUGAAACUGCCAUGACUCCUUGCCAUUCUCAGGUGCCCACAGCUUUCGCAGGACAAGAAAUUAAAAGAAACUUUGAUCCGGAGUUCCUAGCACUUCUGCGUUCAGAAGGCGUGUCUGAAAGUACAUUCAGUGCUUUGCUGCAGCAAGGGUUUGAUUCUCCAAGCCUGCUCGCAAUGAUGGAAGAGAAUGAUAUAAAAUCUGUGGCUCCAAAUCUUGGACAGGCAAGGGUGCUUUCCCGCAUUGCCCAUAACUACAAAACAGAGAUGCAGCUACAAAGGCAUGAUAGGAAGAACAGCCCACUCCGUCCCAGGACCCGAUCUAACAGCUUUAGCCAUCAAAGUGAACUGCUGCAGAAUGCAUAUGGCAUGCACCCUGCCACUGGUCCCGGUGUAGAUGGCACAACUAUGCAGCAAGCACCUCCUCCUUCUCUACAGCCAGUAUCACCAAGAGUAGGAGAAAUAAAUCGUCGCCCAUCCAGUGCCCCCACACAGCACCUUCUGGAAACUGCAACUUACUCUGCAUCUGGGGCAGCUCGUCAAGGUGCUCAUUUUUUAGCUAAUUCUGGCUACAAAACUCCUUUACCAUGCAACAUGCACACUCGUCCAGUGUCUGCCUAUUCCACUCCAACUGGAUUACCAGGGACUACAGUGCAGACUAACCCACAUGCAAGUCCCAAAACAGCAUAUCCAACCACUUACACAGUGCCCAUGGAGCUGCUGAAGAGGGACCGAAAUACAUCAAUGUCCCCAAUGCAUAGCCCACACAGCAGUCCUCAACUUCUCCGAAAGCAAGGAGCCCAAAUGGAUUCCACUCUGGCGCUUGCUGGUCCAAGUUUUCACAUGCAACAUUCUCCUUAUCAGAAACUCACCAGACGCACUGGACCACCAGUUAUUGUCUCAACCAUGGCAUCACCUGAACCAAGUAUUCGCCCACAAAUAAUGAAUGGCCCUAUGCAUCCUCGUCCUUUGGUGGCUUUGUUAGAUGGAAGGGACUGUACAGUGGAGAUGCCAAUUUUGAAAGACUUGGCUACUGUUGCAUUCUGUGAUGCACAAUCAACUCAGGAGAUUCAUGAGAAGGUAUUAAAUGAAGCCGUGGGGGCAAUGAUGUACCACACUAUCACCCUCACCCGAGAAGAUCUAGAGAAGUUCAAGGCCUUAAGGGUCAUCGUUCGAAUAGGCAGUGGCUAUGACAACAUCGAUAUCAAAGCUGCAGGGGAGCUCGGGAUUGCUGUCUGCAAUAUCCCAUCAGCAGCUGUGGAAGAGACUGCAGAUUCCACCAUAUGCCAUGUCCUAAACCUCUACAGGCGGAACACUUGGCUGUAUCAAGCACUGAGGGAAGGGACCCGAGUGCAGAGUGUGGAACAGAUAAGGGAGGUGGCCUCGGGAGCAGCUCGGAUCAGAGGAGAAACUCUUGGCCUCAUUGGAUUUGGUCGCACUGCGCAGGCAGUUGCAGUUCGAGCCAAGGCAUUUGGAUUCAGUGUGAUAUUUUACGACCCAUACCUGCAGGAUGGGAUAGAAAGGUCUCUGGGCGUCCAGCGAGUCUACACACUCCAGGACCUGCUAUAUCAGAGUGACUGUGUAUCUUUGCAUUGUAACCUUAAUGAACAUAAUCACCACCUUAUCAAUGACUUUACGAUUAAACAGAUGAGGCAGGGAGCAUUCCUAGUAAACACAGCACGUGGCGGGCUUGUGGACGAGAAAGCCUUAACUCAAGCCCUGAAGGAAGGAAGGAUACGAGGAGCAGCACUUGAUGUGCAUGAAUCAGAGCCAUUUAGUUUUGCUCAAGGCCCAUUGAAAGAUGCUCCUAAUUUAAUUUGUACUCCGCACACUGCUUGGUACAGUGAGCAGGCAUCCCUAGAGAUGAGAGAGGCUGCUGCUACUGAAAUACGUCGCGCAAUCACAGGUCGCAUCCCAGAAAGCCUAAGAAACUGCGUGAACAAGGAAUUCUUUGUCACAUCAGCCCCAUGGUCAGUAAUAGAUCAGCAAGCACUUCAUCCAGAGCUCAAUGGUGCCACAUACAGGAUGAAACCAACUACUUCCCUUCUCACCUUCACCUCUGAGUUCCAUAUAUCCACCUGGCAUGGUCAGUGUCGCACCUGGAGGGAUUCCGGCAGCAAUGGAGGGCAUCAUACCUGGAGGCAUUCCCGUUACCCACAAUCUUCCAACAGUGGCACACCCUUCCCAAGCUCCAUCUCCUAACCAGCCUACAAAACAUGGUGACAACAGGGAGCACCCUAAUGAGCAAUAGCAGCUAAUUCAAAAAUAAUUCAAUAAACUUGGGACCAAGAGACAUUGGAAAAAAGUUAUACAGAACUAAAAAAGGAAUUUGAUACAAUAUUUGUAAUGUUGAUUUUGGACAGAUGCAUCAUUGAUGUUCCAGUAUUAAACCUACAAUGCGAUAGAAGUCAAGAUUGGGGAGAAACCCUGAAGAAGUCACCUGCUUUACUGAAGUGCUGACAACUAGGAUGAUACACAUUAAUGAUCAGCUUUGGUUACUGUGUGUUAAGUUUCCUUCAUCUGUGCAUCAAUCACAAGAAUAAAAUAGAUUUCCCCUUCUCAGCCCUUGGGAAUAGCAGGGCCUAUUCACCUGUAUUUACAGCAAUGUCUCAAGCAAACGGUAAGAAAUUUAAGAGGAAACCAUCAUGUGGCUUCAGCCCUUUCUUUAUUCACUUGUCUGGUUACCUCUUUUUACAGGAGGAGAAAAUACUGGCCUAGAGAUGAGAAGAAAAAAAGUCUUGUUGCAGUCCUAGCUGGCCAGUAAUAUACAUUGAAAGUUCUCUUUAUAAAGUUUAAUUAUAGCCAUUCAGGCCAGGAAAGUUAGGAUGGGGAAAAAAGUUGUCAGAGUUAAAUAGCUCCCCUCCUAUAACAUGAAAAACAGGUUUCUCUCAUCUGACUGACACACUGAAUAAAGUAGCUGUAAAUUCAGUUAUGCCCCCUCAGUGAUGCAAAAAAAAAAAAAAGUAUUGAGUUUCACACACUAUUUGUACUCAAAUAUAUUUUCUCAGUUUUAAAUCUGCAGCUAUUUUAUUGAGUGCAAAUGUCUUGAGCUGGAAAGGGUUCAAGAAGAAUAAUGUUGCAUUUCCUUAUGUCUCAGGAAACACUUUUUAUGGUAACUUGUCAGACUGUCUAUGAACAAAACCCACUUUUUUAGACAUUGAUAAGAGUCUUCUUUUCUUCACGUGAUAUUUUAUACAAGGACACUUCAAAAAUGUGUUAUUAGAUGUGACUGAUUUUAACAAAUCCUAUUAGAUUUGUAUCAACUAGUUACAUGUUAUAUUCAUAGUCUUUUGUGAAUCAUCGCUUUUUUGUUUAAAAAGAUGGCCUGUUUUGAGCCUUUGUAUGGGGGGAGGGGGGUAACAUUCCUGUUUCUGUGACAAAAAAAAAAUCUUAAACUGUCCCAAACAAAGAACAAUGGCUAUCAGAAGAAUGUUUUGUUUUAGUGUUACCGUUAUUGUAUUUGUUUAUUGUGAAGGUGGACAUUUAGCGUUCAGUGCAGUUUUCAAUAAAAAGUGAUAAAAUUUCUAUAA